AAAGAGACACAGACAUACUUCAGCACAUCUUGGCCUCUUGUAUUCUCCAUACCUUGCAGUUGCAGAUAAGCUCGUUCCUUCCACAGAGAGGAAAAGUGGACUAGAUAGGUGCAGAUGGAAGGAUUACAGAGAUCGUCGUCGACUUUCAGAAGGUCCGGUUCGUCGGGCCUGGUCUGGGACGAGCGGUUCCUGACCGAGGAGGCGGAGGCGCAGGCCGGCGAUGCCGGCAAGGAUGAGUCCCAGCCGGACCUGCGGCGUUCCCGGAGCGCUGGUGGCCUCGGCAUGCUGUCGCGCCGUGCCGGUGGUGGCGACGACAAGAAACAGCAGGAGAAGAAGAAGAAGCAGGGCCAGAAGGAGGAGGAGCGCGAUCCGCAGGUGUUCAAGACCAAGGACGUGGCCCCAGACAUCGACCCGCCGUCGCCCAGGGUGUCCGGCUGCAUCCUUUGCUCCAUCUUCUCUGGCUCGGGCUCCGGCUCAAAGGCUCGCCGGGGAGGGCGCGCCAAGGCGAAGAAGAAGCAACGGUGAUGCGAUCCUGCAACAGGCUUGAGCCAUGGUGGACGUGAGCGUGUUUAUACUGGACGUCGUCUGUAAUGGAGUGAUAUAUAUACUGAUGUUGGUUUGUACUCUGCUCUACGUAGCCUAUACUACAUGUCAGGUUAGUCUAGUUCCUGUUUUGAUGAUCAGCUCAUCGGUUCAGAUCCAUGGGCAGCAGCUGCUGAGAUCUGGUGUGUGUUCUUGAUCUGGUGGAACUCUUUUUUCCCCUCUUUUCUCUCUGGAACCGCUGCUAGGCCUUGGAUCGGUCGGUGAUCUGUCCAUCUCUUGAUUGCUUUGCAUGUGAGGUGUUGGUACUGUACUGUUGUUGGUAUGGAGUGUGUCUGGCUGGGACCUGGGAGUUGCAACCAUAAACAAAUUUGGAGGUGUCAUUAGGCAAA